CCUUCGCAAGCACUGAGGCGUUCGGACCGAACGGGAGAAGGAACUACGCAUCAAGACACGAACACAAUGCCGCGACCCGACUCCGAGCAAUCCAGAUCAGAUGCGCUCCCGUUCGAGCAAACUAUGGCCACUCUGCACUCGUUGCUCCCCGAGAAGCUACGUCGGCCACAUGUUGGGAUCGUUUGCGGAUCUGGUCUGCAUACGCUUGCCGCCGCUAUUCGGGACGUCGUAGAGGUUCCGUACGCCACCCUCCCUGGUUUCGGCAAGAGUACAGUCCCCGGUCAUAAAAGUUCUCUUGCCUUUGGCCUGAUCGGCCCUGGAGAGGGCGUCCCUGUCGUGGCCAUGCUGGGACGGCUACAUCCCUAUGAAGGUCACAAGCUAUCAGCCGUCGUGUAUCCUAUCCGCGUCAUGGCACGCCUGGGCAUCCGAAACCUUAUUAUUACGAACGCUGCCGGGGCUCUCAACCCCGACAUCGACGUAGGCACCAUCGUGGUCAUUCAAGACCACCUCGCCUUCCCGAACCUGACGGGAAUGAAUCCCCUCCUCGGGCCCCAGCUGGACCCGAAGUAUCCGCGCUUCCUCGCCCUGUCCUCUGCGUACUCCGUCAGUCUUCGGAGAUACGCGUUCCUCGCGGCGCACAAGCUUCAGCUGGGCCUUGACGCGCUCGCGGAGGGCGUGUACGCGUGGGUGUCGGGCCCGACGUACGAAACCCCCGCAGAGGGCAGGAUGCUGAGGAACGCGGGCGCUGACGUCGUCGGAAUGAGCACCAUCCCCGAGGUUGUCGCCGGGAAGGAGGAGGGCCUGGAGGUCCUCGUGCUCAGCCUCGUCACGAACAAGGUGGUGAUUCCAACCAGGUACAGGAGCAUCAGAGAGGAAGUGGAGGCGGAGCUCGCGGGGAAGCCGGUGGUGAGACAGGACGAGCCGCAGGUGUCGCACGAGGAAGUGCUGCUGAUUGGCAAGCAGAAGGCGGAAGUGAUGAAGAGCCUGGUCGAGAAGAUUGUCGAGCUGAUCGCGUCCGAGCCGUCGAGCGCGUCCCCUGCGAGCGCCUAGAACGGCUGACCCGCCAUCUAUGACUUACCGUGUAUGGUGUCUUAUGUAAGCGAAUAUAUGGCGAACUCGGGUCGUCCGCCCGCGCUUG